AUGCCCGGUGCCAACGUAGCCGUCCUGCCGACCGAUGCCGCAUCGACUCCGGUCCCCCGCAAGACCUCCGCCACGCAACCAGAGCGCAAGUACAAAUGCCAGUUCUGCAACAGGGCAUUCAGUCGCAGCGAACAUCGAAGCAGACAUGAACGGUCGCAUACUAAGGAGCGGCCUUUCAAAUGCAUGAAGUGUAGGAGUACUUUCGUGCGACGCGACCUGCUUCUCCGACACGACCGUACUGUUCAUGCUAAGGAUGGAGGUAUACCUCUGCACAGCGACGGAAAGCGACGGGCUGGUGGUACCCCCAAGAGUAGAGCUAUCGGCGGCCCUUCCAAGUCCAUCGCCAUUGACACAUCGACCUUGAGUGAGCAGAUAGAAGCCAGUAGUGAUGGUAUCUUCGAUGUCGAACACGCUGCUAUGCUGGUCGCUGACCUUCAUCACAAAGCGACAGCCGCCAUGCGCGAUGGCAGCAACGGCAGUCCAUACGUGCAAAGCCCAUCCAUGGCAUUUCCUCCCAACGGUCCGCCGUUGAUGGACCCUGCAGUCUCGUACCCUCCUUCUGCUACUACCGCCCUACCUCAAGGGAUCCCGUGGGAGUUCAUGCCGCAGUCAGUCCCUGAGGCCAAGACACAGUCCGUUGCAUCAGCCGGUUCUGGAUCCUUCGAGUCCCAACAGUCCUUUGCUAGUGUGAGUACCGCCCAGGUCCAAUCCAGCCCAGUACCAUCCGCCCAAGGCCCGAGUUACAAUGGUCUGGUACCUGCACUGCAGAAUACGAUCAAGUCCCUUGCCCCCUCCAGCACUGGCGCUGCCAUACCCGCACAACCUGGUGUACCUCCUCAUACAAACUCAGUGGCUGACUCGGUCCAGGCUUCGGCCGGCUUCAAGGCUCCCCAGGUUCUUAGCGAUGACGAGCGCAACUUGAUACUGGACAACAUUCGAGCACACGACACCGAACACGCCAUCCCGGAAGGGUUCCGUCUUCCCAGUCUCGGCUCGUUGAAUCGGUAUCUCGCAACGUACUUUGGCCUUUUCCACCACCACCUGCCGUUUCUGCACCCUUCGUCGUUCACCGUGACCCAAGUGUCUCCCGCUCUCUUGCUUGCGGUGCUGUCAAUAGGCGCACUCUAUGCUUUUGAUCAGGACCAGGCAUACAUGUGUCACAUCGGCUCCAAGGUUCUGGUCAACCAGUUCUUGCAGAACAAGGAGGAGUUCAGCUCCAGGAAAUGCCCACUGUGGACCAUGCAGGCUUCGCUUCUUAACAUGAUCUUCGCCAGCUGGAGCGGUGACCCCAAAGGGCUGGAGUGGGCUUGUUCCAUCAAGAGUCUGUUGGCCAACAUGGUUGCUGGGAAUCGUUACGAGUUGAAGCUUCGCCAAGACAGCCGUGAGGGUUCUUAUCCAACCCGAUCCGAAUGGGUGGAAGAUGAGGGAUGCCGUCGUACAUACUACGCCGUCUACAUCUUCUUUGGCCUCCUGACCUUGACAUACAACCACACGCCCGCGAUUAGUUUCAACGAGUUUGAGGACCUACAGCUUCCAUCGUCGGAGGGGCUUUGGAACUCCAAGGUCACCGAUGAGCUAGCUUGGGAACAACAGCUGAAGACGUCCCCAGGGAUUACUUUCAUGGUUGCUCACGACAACCUCUUCCAAGGAGAGACACUGAAGUACAGCGCUUUUGCAACGCGUGUUAUGAUCAACGCGUUGUUUCUUGAAGUCUGGUAUCACAAGCGAAGCCCCGAGGCUCUACAGGAUGUCGUGACGGAAUACAAGCUGCGACUGGCUCUCGAGACUUGGGAGAAAUCUCUUGAUCUUUGUGAGCCCGAAGCUGACGCAGUCCCGUUGAGCGCGCCUCAUAAGGGUCACCCUCUUGUGUUCAACGCAAAGGCCAUGUUCCGCAGCGCCCGUGCUCGUCUCGAAGUCGACCUCAAGGCCGUUCAGGAGGCUCUCCGUUACCACGACCAUUACGAAGUCGCUGCCGCUAUGUCUAACGCACGCGACCGCGUAAAGCGCUCAAGCGAGAUGAUCAAGGUCAUUCAAGAAUGCUACAACUGCAUCGAGACCGCGGUGCGCCAAGGUGUUCGCUGGGUGGCUCGAACAUCGCCGACAAACUGGAGUAUCGAGCACCCUUUGUGCGGCAUGGACCUGAUGAUCACUCUUACAUUGUGGCUAUACCGUCUGGAACACGACGAGGAAGCUGCUACUGAUGAAGAGAUGGUCAUGUACCACAAGAUUCGGGCGCUCUUUGAGAAGGAAUCCGAAGAGCCCUUGAACUCGCAGCAGUUGAGCGCGACUGUGGCUCACCUCUGGGGCUCCAUGCUGGACGAAGUUGUCGUCUGGGGCAUCACCAGACUCAUGGGCGAAUCCUUCCGCCUUCACUCUCAAGCCCUCGUUGGCUACGUGGACGAUGUCGAGGCAUCAUCCAACGUCUCGACGCCUUCCAUGAUCUCUCAGGGGGCAGACGAGGAGAGUGUGUACUAA